AUGGCACCGAAAAAGAACGCUCGCGACACCACCUCCGCGACUGCUGCCACCACCCAGGCCAGUACUAGCACUACUGCGCCUAUCCCUCUUGCACCUGAGCAGACCAAGCCUGUUCUUCCCAAGAAGAGCGACGCCAGAGCCGAUGUGCAGUGGGACCAGAUCCCCCAGACUAUCUACAAUCACUACAUCAAUGAAACUCCCCAACGUAUCAUGCUACUUGAUAUCUUUCUAGUGUACCUAGUCGUUGUGGGUGCAAUCCAGUUCGUCAACUGUGCCAUUGCCGGCACUUUCCCUUUCAACGCUUUCCUGUCCGGUUUCGGUGUGACGGUAGCACAGUUCGUUUUCACAGUUGGCUUGCGACUUCAAACAAACGAGGCAGUUCCUACUGAUUGCGUAGACAUUUCGCCUGAGAGGUCGUUCGCCGAGUAUGUCACUGUCAGCGUCAUGGUGCAUAUCUUUGCUAUCAACUUCAUUAACUAG